CUGUCAACGAGCUUCCAUCUAACCAAUCGCAUCUGUUCCUCACUCUAUAUAAGCAGCAGAGAAACAUUUUGCCCUUCCGUGAGAUCCGAGGACUACUACGGAGAAACACUGCAAGUCCUGAACCACACGAUUUCGCCAAACUCUUUGUGCACGAAGUACAACAGAUACUUUACCCAACAGAGAGAGAGAUGGGAAGGAGUAUUUUGCUGCUGAUUUUGACAACCACCCUGGCAGGGGUGUCACAGAGUGAGACGGGCUUGCUGAGACAGAAAAGACAGAUUUCUAAUUUCCCCUACCGAAAAAGAUCAGGUGGCCUCUGUCGUCAUGGUGGCACCUCUGUCCCUGCCCUGUCCGGAGAACACAUGUUCUGCUUAUGCACAGUUGGUUACGGUGGCAAACACUGUGAGAUAGAUACAGCAGCCGCCUGCUACACGGGAACUGGGAUGUUCUACAGAGGCAAAGUGUCUCAGUCAGAGAGUGGGCGCAGGUGUGUGGGGUGGGACCUGGACACCAGAAAACGCCUGAUGGGGUCUGACGUCUACUCCGGGAGGCACAACUACUGCAGGAAUCUGGAGUACAAACGUCGUCCGUGGUGUUAUGUAAUGAAGGGUGUGGAGCAGGUACAGGAAUACUGUGAUAUCCCUCGCUGUGGCGUACCUGUGGAGACAGGUCCACUUGAUGAUCUGCCCACCGAGCCCACUGAGCCCACCGAGCCCACUGUACCAGACACAACGUCCAGUCUGACAGAGUCCACGUGUGGCCAGCGUACCAGGAAGCAGAUGAAGAUCGUAGGAGGGACAGUUGCCUCUGUGGAAUCCCACCCGUGGAUGGCUGCCAUAUUCUGGAGGAGCCGUCAAUCUAAAGAGAACGUGUUCCGCUGUGGGGGAAGUCUGAUCUCUCCCUGCUGGGUUCUGUCUGCUGCCCAUUGCUUCCCCGACAGCUCUCAAACUAAAGCCUGCAGCCUCUUCGUCACUCUGGGGAAGAGUGCCAUCAAUGAGACUGACGACACCAAAGAGCAGACGUUUCAGGUGGAAGAGGUCAUCGUGCACGCAGAGUUCGAAAACAGCGAAGGCAACUUCAACAAUGACAUCGCUCUACUGAAGUUAAAGGCUGUAGAUGGUCAGUGUGCAGUGGAGAGCAGCUCUGUGAGGACUGUCUGCCUGCCCCCGGCACGCCAGGCCCUCGGCGCAGGAUCCUCCUGUGAGAUAGCUGGCUACGGAAGACAGAAGGAGGGUUUAUGGUACAAUUCACAGUACCUGAGGGAGGCAACGGUAAACAUUUUGGCCCAUGACGUCUGCUCAGAUAAGGCGUACUACGGAAACCUGAUCACAGAAAACAUGUUCUGUGCUGGGAGACCGGACUGGAGUCAAGAUGCGUGCAAGGGUGAUUCCGGAGGACCCAUGGUGUGCGAGGUGGAUAAUCGAAUGUUCCUUUUUGGAAUCGUCAGUUGGGGCGAGGGGUGUUCUAGAGCCUUACGACCAGGCGUGUACACAGCAGUGACCAACUACAACAAGUGGAUAGAAGGAAAAACGGGCUUACCCUCCAUCGCCUCAGGGUCUAUGUACCCACAGAAAUGACCUCCUCAGGGUCUAUGUACCCACAUAAAUAACCCCCUUAGGGUCUGUUAUAGACACUAUAUCAGGUUGUAUAAUUGUACAUAUAGGAAUAUAAGUAUUUUAACUACUGAAAUGUAAACAUAUUUUUGUACUUCUGUCUUUUUCAAAAAGGGGCAACAAUAAAUCAUUUUUAUAUUA